GUUUAACUAAUGCGAAUUGUCUGAGUCACAAGAUAACAAAAAUUUAAAUUAAGACCGCAAAAUGAAUCCAGAAUACGACUAUCUCUUCAAAUUACUCCUCAUUGGAGAUUCAGCUGUUGGGAAAUCCUGCCUUUUACUACGUUUUGCAGAUGACACAUACACUGAAAGUUACAUCAGCACCAUAGGGGUUGAUUUUAAAAUCAAAACAUUGCAAUUGGAUGGAAAGAACAUCAAGCUUCAAAUCUGGGACACAGCGGGCCAAGAGAGGUUCAGGACCAUCACGUCGAGUUACUACAGAGGUGCACAUGGCAUCAUCAUAGUCUACGACAUCACUGAUAAGGAUUCAUUUGAGAACAUAAAGCAAUGGCUAGGUGAGAUUGACAGGUAUGCCAGCGAGAACGUCAACAAGUUGCUGGUCGGCAACAAGUGUGACCUCGUCGAAAGGAGAAUCGUCACGCAGGAACAAGCUAAGCUCUUCGCGUCAGAGCAGCACUUGGACUUUCUAGAAACAAGCGCCAAGGACGCGACGAACGUCGAAGAGGCCUUCAAGAAGAUGGCCACCAACAUCAAGCAGAGGAUCGACUCGACUGCCACCUCUGCAGCCGGGCCAGGGGGCGCUUCAAAUGUCAGGAUCACUGACAGUAGGCCCGUCAAGACUGAGUCCUCUUCCUGUUGUUAAGGAUGGGGAUAAAUUAUUUUGCCGUCUGUCGGGAUUAUGGAUGUUUGUGUGUGCUUGCACGUGCGUAUGUGUGUGUGUGUGUGAGAGAGAGAGAGAGAGAGAUGUUUUUAAAAAAUAUUUUUGGGUAUAUUAGUGUUGAAUGACGUUGUGUGCUGGUUUCUCUUUUUUGUUUAUGUUUGCAGAUGAGUUUUUAUGUGUGUUUGUGGUGAUGAUGAGAGGAGGAGGUGAUGGUGAUGAUGAUGUUGAUGUAUUUGGUAAUGUUAACAAUUUUAAGCACUUAGUUAAAAGCCUUUUCUUGUAACGUGAGUAUUGAUGAUGCUAAUUUUGAUUGUGAAGGUGAUGAUGUUUGUGAUGACUAAGAUAAUGAUGAUGAUGGGAAUGGAGAUGGUGAUG